CAAUAGGAAACAAGGGGUUUUAGGUGCUCGUCAUUUCCUCUGCAGCGCUAAGAAUGGCAGUUUGUUUCUCUCUCACUUCACUCUCAACAACUCCUCAAACCUCCUCCUCUGGUCCAACAAUGGCAACCCUAAACACCUUCUACACCAUCUCCUCCAAAACCCUAGCCAGAUUCACCUUCAACCCCCUCUCCAAACCCUCCGCUCUAAACCUCUUCGCCAAACCGCCCCUCACGCAUCUCCGAUCUCCUCCCCGCAACACAAUCCGGUGCCUCUUCACCGGAAUCGUCGAGGAAAUGGGCGAAAUCAAGCAGCUCGGGGCCUCCGACGGCGGCGGCUUCGACAUGAGAAUCGGCGCCGCCACCGUCCUCGACGGCGUCCACCUCGGCGACAGCAUCGCCGUCAACGGCACCUGCCUCACCGUCACGGAGUUCGACGCGUCUCAUUUCACCGUUGGCCUGGCGCCGGAGACGCUGCGGAAGACCUCGCUGGUGGAGCUCGAGCCGGGUUCGCUGGUGAAUCUGGAGCGGGCGGUGCUGCCGACGAGCCGGAUGGGCGGGCAUUUCUUGCAGGGACACGUGGACGGCACCGGCGAGAUAGUGUCGAUGGUGCCGGAGGAGGAUUCGCUGUGGAUCAAGGUGAAGACGACGAAGGAGAUACUCAAGUAUGUGGUGCCGAAAGGGUAUAUAGCUGUGGAUGGGACUAGUCUGACUGUGGUGGAUGUGUUUGAUGAUGAAGAGUGCUUCAAUUUCAUGCUGGUGGCUUAUACUCAGCAGAAGGUGGUGAUUCCUUUGAAGAAGGUUGGGCAGAAGGUGAAUUUGGAGGUUGAUAUACUGGGGAAAUAUGUGGAGAGGCUUCUCAGUAGUGGGUUUGUUGACUCGAUCAAGUCGAAAUAGUGGUUCAAAGCAUGGAGAGGAACAGUAGUUUGUGCAAUUUCAGAAAGUGAAAUAUAGAGUCUUUUGACUCUUUUCUGAAAGCAUCAGAUGAUCUGUCCCAUUCUUUAUCCCCAAAAUUGUGCUAGAGGGGAUAGACAAUGAAAUAAUUUCUCCUGAUGUCACCACACCCCACCACUGAGCCCUUGGAAAUUGCAAAUCUCAAGUAUUUUGUCCUCGUGAAAUCUUCUUUAAUAAUGUUUUGUAGAGGAUGAUCUUCUGUUAAUUAGUUGAGGUAAUCAUGUUGCUCUUGUCAAGAAUCUAGUUGCUGGUCUUUGACUGUAAGAUCAUCCUGCAUUGGAUUCAGUCACUUUCUUCCGUUGUAGAACUUGUAGGAUCAGUUUUGGGGUGAGUUGAGUGAUCUUUUUGGCAGAAGAAUGUCAGCCUAAUGAGUUGUAAAGUUCACUUUAUCUUGUGUUCAGAUUGUAAUGUUUGUACAACUGGAAACCUUCAUUAUUAGCUCGAUCAUGAUGAUUGAGUAAAAUGAAGAACUUUAGAUUUGAUCAGAAGAUGGUAACAGA